GAUCUGCGAUCGCGCAUCUCGUGACUGCACGGGUAUCGAUUAUUAUUCGCCCCCUGUCCCUGCCCCUGCCCCUACCUCUGCCACGGCUUUCACGAUCGCAGUUUCAGGAAGAGAAGACGAACGAGAGAGGAUCUUGGCGAACCGUGUCGGACAAAUAAUAUCGACGUGAUCGUCUUUUCGGCGCGUUAUUUCCAACAUCAAAGAUGGGCUCGCUCUUCCGCAGCGAGGAGAUGACAUUAUGUCAACUGUUCCUCCAAAGCGAAGCAGCUUACGCCUGUGUCUCCGAACUCGGCGAGCUCGGGCUGGUACAGUUUCGCGAUUUAAAUCCUGAUGUCAAUGCUUUUCAACGGAAGUUUGUCAAUGAGGUACGUCGUUGUGAUGAAAUGGAGCGCAAGCUGCGUUACCUGGAGAAGGAAAUCAAGAAAGAUGGUAUUCCAAUGCUGGAUACCGGUGAAAACCCGGAGGCUCCACAGCCUCGAGAGAUGAUAGAUCUGGAAGCCACUUUUGAGAAGCUAGAGAAUGAAUUGCGGGAAGUGAACCAGAAUGCUGAGGCGCUUAAACGCAACUUUUUGGAGUUAACUGAGCUCAAACACAUUUUACGGAAGACUCAAGUUUUUUUCGAUGAGCAAGAGCACGCGGGCUUGAACCCCACCGAGUCCAUGACACGUGCGUUGAUUAGCGAUGAUAAUAUCGCCCGCCAGUCCGCCCUCGGCCCUGUCCAGUUGGGACAAAAUUUCAAGAUUGGAUUUUUUUUCGUCGCGGGAGUCAUCCUGAGGGAACGCAUCCCCGCGUUCGAGCGUAUGUUAUGGCGUGCAUGCCGCGGAAAUGUCUUUCUACGCCAGGCGGAAAUCGAGACUCCUUUAGAAGAUCCAUCAACGGGGGACCAGGUAUACAAAUCAGUCUUCAUCAUCUUCUUCCAAGGAGAUCAACUGAAAACUCGUGUAAAAAAGAUCUGCGAAGGCUUUAGAGCGACCUUGUAUCCCUGUCCAGAAGCACCGGCUGAUCGCAGGGAAAUGGCGAUGGGCGUUAUGACUCGCAUCGAAGACUUAAACACUGUCCUAGGACAGACACAAGAUCAUCGUCAUCGUGUUCUAGUAGCUGCCGCAAAGAAUAUUAAGAACUGGUUCGUCAAAGUCCGCAAGAUUAAAGCGAUUUAUCAUACUCUCAAUCUUUUCAAUCUCGAUGUCACUCAAAAAUGCCUGAUCGCUGAAUGCUGGGUACCUGUCCUGGACAUCGAGACUAUUCAACUAGCAUUAAGACGCGGAACGGAACGUAGCGGAAGUUCUGUACCUCCUAUUUUGAAUCGCAUGGAGACUUUCGAAGAUCCGCCAACGUAUAAUCGCACAAACAAGUUCACGAAGGGCUUUCAAGCGUUGAUCGAUGCUUACGGAGUCGCUUCUUAUCGCGAGAUGAACCCUACGCCCUAUACUAUCAUCACAUUCCCAUUUUUAUUCGCGAUAAUGUUCGGUGAUACUGGUCAUGGCCUCAUCAUGUUUUUGUUCGGCGGUUGGAUGGUGUUGAAAGAGAAACCAUUAGCGGCUAAGAAAAGCGAUAAUGAAAUCUGGAAUAUAUUCUUCGGCGGUCGUUACAUCAUUUUUCUCAUGGGCCUGUUUUCCAUGUAUACCGGUCUCAUCUACAAUGACAUAUUCUCCAAAUCACUCAACAUUUUCGGCUCUAACUGGUUGAUUAAUUAUAAUCGUAGCACCAUUCAGCAUAAUAAGGAUCUGCAAUUAAAUCCCAGUUCUGAAGAUUAUAUAGAUUAUCCGUACCCAUUUGGCAUGGAUCCGGUAUGGCAACUAGCGGAGAAUAAAAUCAUCUUUCAAAAUUCAUACAAAAUGAAGAUCUCCAUUAUCUUUGGAGUAAUACACAUGCUAUUUGGCGUACUAGUGGGAUUAUGGAAUCACAUGUAUUUUAAAAAGCGUCUCAAUAUUACUUGCGAAUUUGUGCCGCAGGUGAUCUUUCUCUUGGCGUUAUUUUUCUACAUGGUGUUGCUCAUGUUCAUCAAAUGGAUCAAAUAUGGUCCCAAGAACGAACUGAUCGAUGGACCCGGUUGUGCACCUUCGGUUCUCAUCACUUUCAUCAACAUGGUUCUAUUUAAACCUGCCACUAAAGUUGGCGAAUGCGAGCCGUACAUGUAUGGCGGUCAGAGUGGUUUACAAAAGUUUUUGGUGGUCGUAGCUCUACUCUGCGUGCCAUGGAUGCUGCUGGCGAAGCCAAUUUCGUUAAUGCGCAACCGCAGAAAGCAGCAUUAUCAGCUCAACAAUCACGGCGCCGAGAAUGGUGAUGUGGAAGCUAGCAUGGGAACUUUACAACAGAGUGGAGGUGUUACCCAAAAUGGCGGUCACAAGGAGGAGGAAGAAAAUAUGAUGGAAAUAUUUAUUCAUCAAGGCAUUCACACCAUCGAGUAUGUUCUUGGCAGCGUGUCGCACACCGCGUCGUACUUGCGUCUCUGGGCCUUAUCUUUGGCCCAUGCCCAGUUGUCCGAGGUAUUGUGGAACAUGGUGAUGAGAAAUGGUUUAGCGAGAGAGGGAUGGGAUGGCGGUAUCGUGCUGUAUGCCAUCUUUGCCUUUUGGGCAGUACUCACUGUGGGCAUUCUUGUACUCAUGGAAGGCCUUUCAGCAUUUCUGCAUACACUUCGUUUACAUUGGGUGGAAUUCCAGAGCAAAUUCUAUUCUGGCUUGGGCUAUAGUUUCCAGCCAUUUUCUUUCGAAAUCAUCCUUGAUGCCGCACAGGCCACUACUGAGGAUUAAAAUAAUUAGUAUCAUUAAUUAAUAAUCGUCGUUGAGUAUUGUUGUUAAUAUGAAUGUAGGACAUGGCGAAUUUAUUAGCUACUUCUUCAGAUAAGUCAGUUAUGAUUAAUUAAUGAGUCUCUUAUGAAUAGGAAUAUGUAUGUAGAGUUGAUUAAGUUAUAAUCAAAAUAUGAAAAUUAUUUCUCUACAUUUCGAUAAUUUAACCACAAGCGAACAUAGCAUUUGAAAAAAAAGUUAUGAGAUUUAAAGCACACAUAAAGUCAUGACAAGAGAAUAUUCUCGUUAUAUUAUAAGUUUCUUUUUAAUUGAGAAAUAAUAUAUAAUUGAAUUUUUGUGUGAAAGCUAAAUUUUUUUUCUCUGCCAUCUAAUAUAUAUAAAAUCUUGCAUGAAUUCUUAUAUACAAUAUGGAAUUCUUACACAUUGUAGAACCUGCAGAAAACAAAUGUACUCGAAAAACAAAUGUACGUCACUUAGACGAUUGAUCGAUGUUGUUUCGUACAUCUAUACAUAAUAAAGGAUGUGGCAUAUAUGAAAA